CAAAUGUCGGCUGCUGCCUCCUCCUCGUUCCUGUGAAGCUGAUCCCGCCGGAACCCUUCAACGUUUCACUCCCUGUCUUCUCUGUCCCCGCUCUCUCUCGCCGACAUCGAUUUGGACUGCAAGUUCUUUCGUUUUUGCCGCCUUCUCGUUGCUGGCCGAAGUGAAAGAGAUCCAGACGCUUCGGAUUGAUUGCCUUUAGCUUUUGAAGAACAUGGCGUCGAAAUUCUGGACUCAGGGUGGAAGCGACACCGAGGAGGAGAGCAGCGAUUAUGACAGCGAAAACGAGGACGGGAGCCCAGUUGAUAAUGCUGCUCAAGUUGCUGGGAAUCGAUACCUUUCGGUCAAUGCUAGUGAUAGCGAAGAUUCCGACACCCAGAAGCGGGUUGUUCGGUCUGCUAAAGAUAAGCGCUUUGAGGAGAUGCUGGUCACGGUUGACCAGAUGAAAAAUGCUAUGAAGAUCAAUGACUGGGUUAGCCUGCAGGAGAGUUUUGACAAGAUAAACAAGCAGCUUGAGAAGGUUAUGAGAGUGAUGGAGUCUGACAAGGCCCCCACUGUUUAUAUUAAGGCUCUGGUUAUGUUGGAGGAUUUUCUGGCUCAGUCUUUGGCCAAUAAGGAGGCCAAGAAGAAGAUCAGUAGCAGCAACGCGAAGGCUUUGAACUCAAUGAAGCAGAAACUAAAGAAGAAUAAUAAGCAAUAUGAAGAGUUGAUUAACAAGUACCGGGAACAUCCUGAGAGUGAGGAGGAACCGGAAGAUGAGGAAGAAGAGGAGGAAGAAGAGUCUGAUGAUUCAGAGAUCGAGGACCCCACGAAGCUCAAUGUUUCUGAUCAGGAAGAGGCAAGUGAGGUUGAUGAGCCUGAUAGUCAGGAGAGUGGCUGGAAGUUAAAGAUGAACAAGAAAGAUAACCUUUUGGCCAAGCAGUUUAGGGAUCCUAAGGAGGCUACUUGGGAGAAGGUUAAUAAAUGGUUUAAGGAGGUUGUCUCUGCCAGGGGAAGAAAGGGAACUGGACGGUACGAGCAGGUUGAGCAGCUGACAUUCUUGUCUCAGGUGGCGAAGACCCCUGCGCAGAAGCUUGAGAUACUUUUCAGUGUUGUAUCUGCUCAAUUUGAUGUUAAUCCUGGUCUGACUGGUCACAUGCCGAUAAAUGUGUGGAAGCAAUGCGUGCAGAAUAUGCUUGUUAUUCUCGACAUUCUCAUGCAGUACCCCAACAUUGUAGUGAACGAUUCUGUGGAGCCUGAUGAGAACGAGUCUGAGAAGGGACCAGAGUUCACUGGGACAAUCAGGAUAUGGGGAAAUUUAGUUGCCUUCCUGGAGAGGAUAGAUGCUGAGUUCUUCAAAAGUUUGCAGUGUAUUGAUCCUCACACUCGUGAGUAUGUUAAGAGGUUAAGGGAUGAGCCCAUCUUUUUAGUUCUUGCCCAGAAUGUCCAGGAUUACUUGGAACGUGCCGGAGAUCUCAGAGCUGCCUCAAAGGUAGCAUUACGACGAGUUGAACUUAUAUAUUAUAAGCCUCAGGAGGUUUAUGAUGCUAUGAGGAAGUUAGCUGAACAGAUUGAGGAUAAUGGGGAGGAAGCAGGGGAGGAGCCUAAAGUACCUGAGGAAGGCAGGGCCCCACCUAUGUUUAUUGUCACUACCGAGCUUGUGCCCAGAAAGCCGACAUUUCCUGAGAACAGCAGGACAAUGAUGGACAUUCUGGUCUCUCUCAUCUACAAAUAUGGUGAUGAGAGGACUAAGGCCCGUGCCAUGCUUUGUGACAUUUAUCACCAUGCCCUCUUUGAUGAGUUCUCCACUGCCCGCGACCUGCUGCUGAUGAGUCACUUGCAAGACAGUAUUCAACUUAUGGACAUUUCAACCCAGAUACUCUUCAAUAGGGCCAUGGCACAGCUCGGGCUGUGUGCUUUCCGGGUUGGGCUUAUUGCUGAAGGACACGGUUGCCUUGCUGAAUUGUAUUCAGGUGGAAGGGUGAAGGAGUUGCUUGCACAAGGCGUUUCUCAAAGUAGGUAUCAUGAGAAGACCCCUGAGCAGGAAAGGUUGGAGAGGAGGCGUCAAAUGCCUUAUCACAUGCACAUAAACCUUGAGCUUCUUGAAGCAGUCCACUUGAUAUGCGCAAUGCUUCUAGAGGUCCCGAACAUGGCGGUAAACACCUAUGAUGCAAAGCGCAAAGUCAUAAGCAAGAAUUUCCGCCGCCUUCUCGAGGUGAGUGAUAGGCAGACCUUCACUGGUCCACCUGAGAACGUCCGGGACCAUGUGAUGGUGGCAACCAGAGCACUCGCCAAGGGAGAUCAUGAAAGAGCCUUUAAUGCCAUCAAGGCCCUCGACACAUGGAAGCUUCUUAGAAACAAGGAUUCUGUCCUCGAGAUGCUUAGGGCUAAUAUUAAGGAGGAAGCUUUGAGGACCUACCUCUUCACCUUCUCCUCAUCAUACGAGUCUUUCAGCUUGGACGAGCUCUCUAAGAUGUUUGACCUCUCCGAGUCCCAGGCCCAUGGUGUGGUGAGCAAGAUGAUGGUGAACGAGGAGCUCCACGCCAGCUGGGACCAGCCCAUGAGGUCGAUCGUCUUCCACGAGGUCAAGCACACGAGGCUGCAGGCCCUUGCCUUCCAGUUCACUGAGAAACUGUCAGUCCUGACUGAGAGCAAUGAGAGGGCCCUCGAGGCGAGGAUUGGUGGUGGAGGACUGGAGCUGCCGAUGAGGAGGAGGGAUAACCAGGACUAUGCGGGCGGUUCAACUGCUGGAGGCGGCAAGUGGGCAGAGGGUGGCUUCUCUUUUAACCAGGGCAGGCAGGGGAGUUCAGUGGGAAGAUCAGGUUACGGUGGUGGGCGGUCAUCUGGGACAGGUAGUGGUUACUCGAGGGAUCGGGCAGGUCAGGUCAGAGGUGGUGGGUACUCAAAUCGGGCCGCUAGGGGUUCCCAGAUGGAAGGUUCAGGUCGCAUGGUUAGUCUGAAUAGAGGGGUUCGCGUGUAGUUGGGUUUUUGGCAGAAAGAGGCUUCUGAAUUCUCUCUGAAAUCUUCACUAGCCAUAACCUUAUAUAGCAGAAUCGUUGAUCUUGGAUUUUCACUUCUGUUGUUCAUUUUUGGGUCCUAAGUUAGAUCCUAAGUUUUGGCCAAUUAUUGAACUAUUAGGGAAUUUCCGUGAUACUUUGACAAUGAGUAAUUGUUACGAGAAUGUAUUGUUAUUGUUUUGCUUCCA